AUGGAGAGCUUCAAUGCCUCUACGUCCAUGCCGGCGGCCCAUGGAGCGCUUCCACUCGCAUUGAACAUGGUGCCCGGGUAUUAUUCUCUCGUCGCGCUUUUCAACUACUUUGGUCUCACGAUGCCGUCCAUCGUAACCUUCUUUCUGAUAACAACCGCCGCCGCUGCCAGCUGGCAGUACUGGUACGACUUCCUGACAAUGCUGACAUUCCGCUUCUUGAUGUCGACAGCGCAGAUUCGGUCGCGCGACGACCUAUACGAGCACUUGAUGGCCUGGAUCGCGGGACAAGAAUUUGCAAACUCCACAAAGUACUUCGUGGCUGGUAUGGCGUUUGGAUCUCUACAGCAAGAGAAUGAACACACAGACGAGGAAGAGUCAGGAAAUGGCCUGAGCCCCUGGGAGAUGUUGAGACGUGCACCCCUGCAGUUCACUCCAGCUCCAGGAUUGCAUCAGUUUCGUUACAAGGGGAGAAUAGUGUUGUUAAGGCGCGUGCUCGAAGAAGGAAAGGAUUGUUGGUGGCCACAAGAGACUAUAGAACUCUCCACGUUCGGUACUUCUCCCAAGUUAUUAAAGGAACUUCUUCACGAAGCUCGUCUCCGGUUUUUAGAGAAAGACCGUAGUAAGACCAUCGUAUACCGCCCAACAGUCGGCACUCAGCUCGGCCAACCUCCUAACUGGACUCGCUGCCUCGCCAGGCCGAGCAGACCCCUAUCAACCGUUGUUCUAGACGAACACCAAAAAGAAAUGUUCGUUGAUGAUAUCAGAGAUUAUUUAGAGCCUGAUACCAGAAGAUGGUAUGCCGAUCGAGGAAUUCCAUACAGACGUGGCUAUCUUCUUCAUGGUCCUCCUGGCACCGGAAAGAGUUCUUUGAGCUUUGCUGUCGCCGGAAAAUUUGGAUUAAAGAUAUAUGUGCUCAGCUUAGCGAGUAAAUCGCUCACAGAGGAGGGUUUGGCUGGGCUUUUCGAGGGGCUUCCUAGAAAGUGUGUAGUGUUGCUGGAGGACGUGGACACUGUGGGGAUCGCGCGGGUACAAAAGACAGAAGAAACCACAUCUGAAGGGACCGAAACGGCAUCGAAGAAGGAAGAAUCAGAUAACAGCAAGAAGGGGAUAUCCUUUUCUGGUCUCCUCAACGCCAUCGACGGUGUUGCCUCUCAUGAAGGUCGAAUUCUCAUCCUAACUACUAAUCAUCCAGAGAAGUUGGAUCCUGCACUUAUUAGACCUGGUAGGGUUGAUAUGAAAAUACACUUCACACUUGCUGGGAAAGAUGCUGUCGGCGGGCUCUUCGAGCGCAUGUUUGAAGACUAUUCAUCGCGCUCUUGCUCUGACUCAACUUCGAAACAAAGAUUGAAAGAAAUGACGACAGAAUUCGUAAAGCUGAUCCCCGACCUUACAUUCUCGCCGGCUGAAAUCCAGGGAUAUUUGCUGCAACACAAAAAUCGUCCAGAGCGAGCGCUGGAGAGAACAGAACUAUGGGUCAAGGAGAGGCUUGAGGCUCGGGCCGCGGGCAGAAUUGAUUGA